GCUUUAACAAGUUUGAAUAAAACAUUUUGUGAGAACAUUUUUAAAUGAAAAUUACUGAUAAGUCUAUUGCUGUCUGGUUGUUUAGUGACUGAAUGGAGUGUAAUGAUGACUAUUUGUCCACAGGUCUGGUGACGGUGUCUGGUGUGAGCAUCUAUAUCAGUUACUCUCAGCAGGCAUUGGAAGAGCUGCAGCACAUGGUGGAUGUUGAGUCACUGUCUCAUGUCCACAUGUCGUUCGGCUGGUCUCUGGUCAUGGCCUGUCUGUCCUUUUGCCUGGAGCUGCUCACAGGGAUCCUGCUCACGCUAGCAGCCCGUCUCAUUCGCCGUCAGUGCCAGCACGAGCCUGCUGCAGUGCUCACCGUGAGCCAGAGUUCACCACAGCUUCUGAGACUCCAGUGACGAUGAUCAUUUCAUCUACAGCCUUUUCAAGAAAUGAGUUUGUGCUGCGUCAAAGUUAAAAUGGAGAGACAAUCAAUUAUUGAGU